AAAGCUUUGGGUUGCCGUCUUCGCUGCCGGUCGCCGGGAGCCACCGCGCUGGUAUCCGAGUCACAAGUGUCGGCUUCGGUCCGGAAAAGUAAAAGCGGGUCGUGCCAACCCCGGGGCCGCCCAACGCCUCUCCCGGCCAGAGCUGGAGACCACGUCCCGCGGCGGCCACCCGCGCGGAGCCGGACCGAGCCCCCUAGGAGGGAGCCGCGGCCAGAGGACCUGCGGCGGCCGGAGCGGUAAAACUGAGUGAGUAGAGAGGCAUAUCUGAGAGUCAUUCACUAUGUCGCGGAGAAGAUUUGAUUGCCGAAGUAUUUCAGGCUUGCUGACUACGACUCCUCAAACACCAAUGAAAAUGGAAAACUUCAAUAACUUCUAUACACUUACAUCUAAAGAGCUUGGAAGGGGGAAAUUUGCAGUGGUUAGACAGUGUAUAUCAAAAUCUACUGGCCAAGAAUAUGCUGCAAAAUUUCUAAAAAAGAGAAGAAGAGGUCAAGAUUGUAGAGCAGAGAUUUUGCAUGAAAUCGCUGUGCUGGAAUUGGCAAAGUCUUGUCCUCAUGUGAUUAAUCUUCAUGAGGUCUAUGAAAACACAAGUGAAAUCAUUUUGAUACUAGAAUAUGCUGCAGGUGGAGAAAUUUUCAACUUGUGCUUACCUGAACUGGCUGAAAUGAUCUCUGAAAAUGAUGUUAUCAGACUUAUGAAACAAAUAGUUGAAGGAGUUUAUUACCUACAUCAAAAUAACAUUGUACACCUUGAUUUAAAGCCCCAGAAUAUAUUAUUGAGCAGCAUAUGCCCACUUGGGGAUAUUAAAAUUGUGGAUUUUGGAAUGUCUCGAAAAAUUGGGAAUGCUUGUGAGCUACGGGAAAUCAUGGGAACACCAGAAUACUUGGCUCCAGAAAUACUGAGCUAUGAGCCCAUUACUACAGCAACAGAUAUGUGGAACAUUGGCAUAAUAGCAUAUAUGUUGUUAACUCAUACAUCACCAUUUGUGGGAGAAGAUAAUCAAGAAACCUAUCUCAAUAUUUCUCAAGUUAAUGUAGAUUACUCAGAAGAAAUAUUUUCAUCAGUCUCACAGCUGGCCACAGAAUUUAUCCAGAGCCUUCUAGUAAAAAACCCAGAGAAAAGACCAUCCGCGGAAACCUGCCUUUCUCAUUCUUGGCUACAGCAAUGGGACUUUAGAAGCUUGUUUCAUCCUGAAGAAACUUCCAGUGCCUCUCAAAUUCAAGAUCUCCCUGUGAGGUCCUCUGAAGACAAGUGUUGUAAAUCCCCCUGUAAUGGGAGCUGUGGUGACCGGGAAGACAAGGAGAAUAUCCCAGAGGACAGCAGCAUGGUCUCCAAAAGGUUUCGCUUUGACGACUCUCUGCCAAGCCCUCACGAACUGGUUUCAGAUCUGCUCUGUUAGCACUUUCUCUCUUUGACUCGUUUGGACUGACCGAAAUUUGACAUCCACUCCAGGAUGUGAUUGUAUUUUUUAGCUUUCUAUAUGUUUAUAUUAUAUAAAUGCACUUUUACAUAGAGGAAUUUAGGGAAGCAUUUUAAUGCUAAAUUUAUAGUUGCUAGCAUAUCAUUUCCUCUCCUAAGAUGGUUCUACAGAACAGGAAAUAUUUAAAUAUAUGGCAAAAAAUAAAACAAUACAUGUGAGUUCACAUGUGUCAAUUCAAGUUCAGAUGAACUUAUAAAAAGGUUUGACAUAUCAGGGGAAAAAAUGGUUUUGUGGUGGUUGGUACAAAAUGGAGACAUGAAGAUUUACUAGCUUCCAAGGUGAUUCCUUUGCCAUGACUCUCUUGAAAUAAUGUGUUUUGGAAAACAGUGCCAAGUUCAAAACAAACUAUGUACUAAUUUGUAGGUCCUCUAGGGCAGCUUAUAAUUGAAAUUAUUUUCCAAAUACAAGUAUUUUGAAACUUUUUGAGAUUUCUGUUUUAUAUGACAUGCUCUGUAAAAGAUUUCCUUCAGAAUGAAGAGGAAUCUAGGUCAAAGAUAGUCUCUAAAAGUCAGAGAAAACAGUAGCAUCUUCAUCUUUUAACACAAAUGUCUUUUACCCACUCAUCAUACUCAAAUCUAAUAACAACUGGAAGAUUGGAACUGCCUCAUAUACAAGUAUAGAGGUUCAUUGUUCUUUAGCUAAGAGCGGCCAUGCCAUCUUUCUAGUCAAUAGAAAUAUUUAUUGAAUGUUGCAGAAAAUGUUGACAAAGCCAGGCGGCUCACUAAAUCUUAGAUGUCUUCCAAGUCUCAGAAUACAAGCCUUCAUUGAGAAUUCUUAAAGUAUGCCUAUCUCUGAUAGGCCUGUUACACAAUGCCAGAGUCAGCAGUAGCAGCAGCAUAAAGCAGAACAUCAAGCUCUUCUAAAACUAUUGUGUGUAAUUCCCAGCGAGGAGCCUCCCUUCAAGGCCAUCUACAGAGUGGCCUAUAAACGUGGUCUUCUGCUGGGAGCAAUUCAAGUAAGGAUCUGGGGAGAUCACUAUGAUUGACUGGUGGCUGGUGACUAGGUUCAGCCCUAAUUAUGGGAGGAGUAUUAUGAAGGGUAUGUUUGGGGGUCCUCUUUGAUGAGUUUCCAUCUUGUGGUCAUUAAAAGCCUAUUGUAAUGUUAUGUUCUGAUAACUAUAAUCUCAGGACAUGUUACUAGUUCAGACUAUAUGUUGACAAAAACAAAACCAUUUUUCCCAAUGAAUCAAAAAAUACUCUAAAGACCUUUAUAUUAUUAAAAUUUUAAGAAGACUCCAAAUUCUUUAUAUAACUCUAAAAAUAUUCAUCAUGUGACUAUAUUUGAUCAUAUUUCAAGUUCCUUUAAAUCUUUGGCAUUUUCAAAAGAAAAUCUAUUUGUACUUUGUGUUUGUGUGUAAAUGUGUAUAAGUGUAGGUGUGUGUAUAUAUAUGUAUAGGUAAAUAGAUAAAAUACUGUCUUUAAACAACUUUUUGUUCUUUUGCUCUAGUAUACUGUGUUCAACUCAGGUGCCAAAGGAGCUCUUUUUCAAUGAAAAGUAAAUAAUAAAUAAUAAGCAUAAGUUCUUUGGGAAGUAGUUUGUUGGUCCAUUGAAACUAUAGACACUGUAGAUCUUUUUAUCUUCUGGAUUAAGAUAGUUCAGGUGUUGUUGAGGUAUUGGAGAAUCUUUCCCACAAGAUCAUAAUAUAUUUUUUUUAACUUUUUAGAGGAAUUAUACCAGACCAAUCAAAAACUAAAAAUGAAGAGAUAUUUGAAUUUUGAAUUAAAAACGAUGUCUUAAAAAUCAUUUUACACUGGCUUUCUUUUACUCUGAGGAAUCUUAAAAUAGUUUAAAUGUUUCUCCCUUAGUUAGUAGAAUACAAAGUGAUAAAUUUCUAUAUCUUUUCGCCUAACAUAAAAUUUUAUUGUAAAAUAGCAACUAAUAGUUGCAUAGAAAAUGUCAAAACUGUCUUUGGAUAAAGGUGUACUUAAAUACUUUGAUUUAUUAAAAUGUGGAAAUAAAUGAAUUCAUGAGAAUUCAUUAGCAAAGAUUCACUAGUAAGAGUUUAUUCUUAUUCUUUUUUUUUCCUCCCAACCUUGAAAAGAAAAUCAGUCAAAAACAAAUGAUGUGUCUUUACAGCACACUGAAACACAUGUGAAGAGAACUUACAAUUGGGAUAGUUUGUGAAAUUGAAUUUGCUUUUUGGAUAAGAUCCCUGGAUGGGUGAGAUGAUGUGUAGAUGAAAACACAGUUGUCAUUUUAAUUCAUUCUCCUGCUUUAAAUUUGCCUAACUCUGAGCAGUGAAAUAAUGAUGACAAUUUAAACAAAGCAAGGAGUUUCUGUCCUGUAGUCUGUGAGGCAAUAAGGUGAUUGUGCCAGAACAUAAGUGUGAAAGAAAGUCAGCUGAACCAGGGUGAUAACAGACGCUGCUGACCUUCAUCUCUCACGUCAAUAGAUUGCAAAUAGUUCAUGGACUAUACUUUGAGAAGCUUUGCUCUAAGCGGCAUUGAUAGGUAUUGAUACUUUAUAACUGUUUACAUUUCCUCUGGUUUUGAAUUUUUGCUUUGAUAUCUGACUUGGUAACUUGUCCUUAUUGUGUAAACAAUUGUGCUUUAAUUUCAAGUUAUAUUAAAAUAAUUUGAUUUCCAAUUUGGGAGAAUAUUGUCAACUUAUAAUUUUAUAAAAGUAUUUUAAAGAACAAUAGCUGUAAAUUUCACAUAAAUGGCAACUGCCCAGUCACCUAAACUUUCAUUAAAUAAUCAUGUUGUUUAUGAACACAUAGAUAUUGUGAUAUUCUAGGUUUUAAAACCUAGAAAACUGUGUAUUAUCAACUUAAUGACCCUUUCCACAAAAAAAUUAAAAAGCACUUUGGUUUUUUACAUU